UUUUGCAGCAAGUGCUCAAACUUCACGACAACUAUAACCUGGAGCUUCUUCCUCAUCAGAGAGGCUCUGUGGCGAGUUGAUGUGACAGCUGCCGGCAAAACAACAGAAUGUUUCUGAAAGCUCCUCCGUACUCCGUUCAAGCAGGAACAACGUUUUUUUAUUCAUGGAUUUUAGUCUCCCGUGGGGGGCUCAAAUGCAAGUAUGCAUAGAGCCAAAAUCUCCCAACAUAAACAGAAGUCAGGCCUUGAGGAAGAUCAGAUCACACGUGUAGUCACACUUCUCCGAGUCCCUCCGGGGCAGAUCAGUGUUGUGCUCUUAAUGAAGGCAACUAGAAGCAAUAUGUUGGGCACUGGAAUAUCAAACAACAAGGUCAAGUAUUCGAGGCUGGCCGCCGAUGACGACGGUUACAUAGACUUACAGUUCAAGAAAAGCCCGCCAAAGGUUCCGUACAAGGCAAUCGCACUGGCAAUAUUCCUGUUUUUGAUUGGCUCCUUACUGAUAAUCUUCGGGGCUCUUCUUCUGUCAGGAACCAUAAAGGUCGAGCAUCCAGACCGCACCAUUCCCGUCAUCAUCAUAGGGCUGCUCGUUUUCCUUCCCGGAUUUUACCAUUUGAGAAUCGCCUACUACGCCGCAAAGGGUUACCGGGGUUACUCUUACGACGACAUCCCAGAUUUUGGCGACUGAGCCAAACGACAGCUGCUUAUUUAUCGGUGGAGAAUGCCCUCCUUUUGCCACACCCUGAGACUGUUGCCUGCUGUUUACUUUGAGUUUCUGAAUGUACAGUAUGUAGCAAGUAAGGCAAAACCUUUAUCACUGUUCUGCCAUGAUUUUUAAGAUUCUGUGUUUAUUCGAUGCUCUGUGUUGUUUUUUCCUCCACACAAAUGCUUGACGAACCUUAGAGGCUUUAUAUAUUCAGCUUUAUUAACAAUGAGCCAAACACAUAAUGAGUAGAGGACCUGUUGCUUGCCGGCAACAUGUCGGUGUUGUCUCACCACUCAUUCAAAAAACAAACUUUAGAUGAGUGGUGAACCAUUUUUAGAGACUGCACAGAUGCCUUUAACUUACUACUGCUAGAGAGUCCUUGACCUGGAUGACUGAGAAGCUUUUGUGUUCUUUGCACAGUUGCAUAGCUGUUUCAUAGUAUAUCUUAAACAAGUAUUUAUUUGUGACCGUCGUCUAUAUGAUUUUAUGCAAAGCUCGGUGGGGGGGGGGUGGGGGGGGGGGCUGUAUUUAUCCUAAAGGAUUGUAUUUGCAGAACUAUCCAAAGAUUGAUUACUUUGUCCAAGUACAGUAUAUUUUUGAAUGAAAUGUAUGAAGUAUUGCUGUUUGUGCAUAUUCACUUGGUUUUGAAUAUCAAAGAAAGAUGUAUUUUUACAUGCAUUUGCUUGAUUAAGAAAAAAAUGAAAUAAAAGUAGAACUCUGAUCCAGAA